UUCUUUUUCUUUUUCUUCUUUUUCUUUUUCUUUUUUUGCCGUUUCGUUUCGUUUCUCUUUUUUUCUUAAUCUUUUGCUUAUGGGUGUUGUUUUAAGAGGCGUUUUGUCCCCAUCCCCAAGAUGCUGGCUUUUCCAUCAUGUACUUCCCUGCUAUCCCCCUUCCCUGUUACCCGUUACUCAUUAUAAACCCAAAAAGAAAGCCGAUUAUAUUUCUCCUCCAUUCCAUUGGUUGAGACAAGUGGUUUGACUCUGUACAACAUAUAUUGUAUAUACCUUCCUCAUUAUUUCCUCUUGUGCAUAUUUUGCUUCCCCGGUGUUGGAUUUUAGCUGUGUCGCUGUUUUGUUGUUUACAGAGUUAUUUCUUACUGGAUUUUGAUCUAUUUUUCUUUUUUAAAUUCCAUGACGUCAUCUUGAGCUUCUGGAUUUGAUUUCCCCUUAGCCAAUUCCCAUUGAACCUUCAAUUCAAAUUUAUAUCAAUGACAAUAACGCCCACCAUGUUUUCAGACAUCAAUCCUCCCCAAUUUAAGGUUGCUACCCGCUUCCCAAAAUUGCCGCAGCCGAAGUAGCGGUGACUAAGCUGCACCCACGUGACUCGACUGCACCAAUCACAUCCGCCGCAAAAGUAACCCCAUCCCGAGUUUCCAUCAGCCAAAUUCACCCAGAACGAAACGGCAAAACAACGUCCAACAACCGCCAUCUCUUCUCCCUCCCGUCAAUUCCUUCUCCCUCCAAUUUCCCCCGCAUUGUUAUCGGCUCAAUUGGAGAGCACAAGGAGGCAUCAUGAUCUCUCGGGCGGCGGCUCCCUCUACACACUCCUUCUCCCACCUUACUCCUCGCACACUUCACACGGCAGCAACCUCAUCCUCCUACCUCGCUUCAUCCCAGGCCGCCCGACAACCUCGACGAAACCAGCAGCAACACCGAGGCCUUGCUACUGUCCAAGAUGCAACUGCAACACCGCCUCCCCGGGCAUACGGUGGCCUGAAAGACCAGGACCGGAUAUUCCAAAACCUGUAUGGCAAUCAUGGCGCGGACUUGAAAACGGCGAUGAAGUUCGGCGAUUGGUAUAAAACGAAGGAAAUUAUGUUGAAGGGACAUGACUGGAUUAUUUCGGAGAUUAAGGCAUCCGGGCUAAGAGGUAGAGGUGGUGCUGGUUUCCCUUCUGGUUUGAAAUGGUCUUUUAUGAACUUCAAGGACUGGGAUAAAGAUAAUAAGCCUAGAUACCUUGUUGUGAAUGCUGACGAGGGCGAACCGGGGACUUGCAAAGACCGAGAAAUUAUGCGAAAGGAUCCUCAUAAGCUUAUCGAGGGCUGUCUCGUGGCUGGACGUGCGAUGAAUGCUACCGCCGCCUACAUCUAUAUCCGUGGCGAAUUCUACAACGAGGCUACCUCUGUACAGCGCGCCAUCCAGGAAGCUUACCAGGCUGGUUUGAUCGGCAAGAACGCCUGCGGGUCCGGUUAUGAUUUCGACGUCUAUCUUCACCGGGGAAUGGGCGCUUAUAUCUGCGGCGAGGAAACUUCCUUGAUCGAGUCCCUUGAAGGAAAGGCCGGAAAACCCCGCCUGAAGCCCCCUUUCCCGGCUGCCGUCGGUCUCUUCGGUUGCCCCAGCACAGUCGCCAACGUUGAAACGGUUGCUGUGGCGCCAACCAUCUGCCGUCGUGGAGGUAAAUGGUUCGCCUCGUUCGGGCGUGAGCGAAAUCAGGGAACCAAACUAUUCUGUAUCUCCGGGCACGUCAACAACCCAUGCACCGUUGAAGAGGAAAUGUCCAUCCCACUCCGCGAGCUUAUUGAACGCCACUGCGGUGGUGUGCGAGGGGGAUGGGAUAACCUCCUCGCCGUUAUUCCAGGCGGGUCAUCGACUCCAAUCCUUCCGAAGCACGUUUGUGAUGACCAACUGAUGGACUUCGACGCUCUCAAGGACGCGCAAUCCGGCCUUGGGACCGCAGCCGUGAUCGUCAUGGAUAAAUCCACCGACGUUGUGGCCGCCAUCUCGCGCCUGUCCGCAUUCUACAAGCACGAGAGCUGCGGCCAAUGCACACCCUGCCGCGAGGGAAGCAAGUGGACCUACCAGAUGAUGAAGCGUUUCGAGAGCGGCCAGGCUCGCGAACGGGAAAUCGACAUGCUUCAGGAGCUCACGAAGCAGGUUGAAGGCCAUACCAUCUGCGCUCUCGGCGAGGCUUUCGCGUGGCCCAUCCAAGGCCUGAUUCGUCAUUUCAGACCAGAGCUCGAGGCUAGAAUACGCAAGUAUGAGCAGGAACAUGGUGGCAAGCAGGCAUUUGCUGGCGGUUGGGACCCACAGGCGCGUGUGGAGGGGAAGCUCAUUUCUCCUGGUCAAUAAAAAUAAAGGACGUAUGUAAAUGUAAUAUAUACUUAUAGUGGCUUGGGUUCCUGGAGGGGGAACGAGGGUUAGGUUUAGCUUGAAGCAUCUCCGUGAACGAGAGCAGUGGUAAUGGGAGAGCGCUUUUUGCUAUGGAUAAACAUUAUCACCACCUCUUCACUACUCGACUAGGAGAUGAAUGUCCCGUUCACUACUUCACUGGAAGGAGAUGCACCUCCCACUUUUGACUAGAUAUUUUCCUUUAUUUGUGCUUGUGCUAUACAUUUCUUCUUCAUUUUUCUUCUUCAUUUUUCAUUUUUUCUCAUUUUUUUAUUCUGCUCGCUUAUCUGCGCAUUUCAGUUUCCCUUUCUCAUUUACCCUAACAAGUUCCUGCCUUUUUUUGAUACCGAAGGCUAAAAGAAGUACAAAAGAUACUCAUAUUCUCAGAUGGUUUCACUCUUCAUUUCUUGUAGAUAUCACCACCUUUCUUUUUCAGCCCAGGCUCACUCAGAACUUGGGAUGGAGCGCAGCGUGCAGGACAAAUUUCAAGAUAGGAGGAGAGAGAGUUGGCUAAUCGUGCCUGUGUGCCAGCAAUGCCAACGGUGCCUACGCGGCGCUCCACAAUAAAUUCACUUGCACAUUGAACUUGAGAAACCCAUUGUGUGAAAUAACAUUGUGGUGAAGCGCCCUAUGACAGGGGAGUUAGUGAAAUAAAUAUAUAGAUAGAUCUACUUGGUCCCAGAAUGGUCAGUUAAGGUGUAACCUCUCCCGAUACCGAUUACUCUCUCUCAUUUCUAACCACGUUCUAGAGCAGUGAACAGAAACCAACUUAUGGUUAUAGAACUAUCUAAUUCAAAAAGCACAUGCUUGAGAGAAAAAUAUU